GUUCCCGGUUGUCCCGACUCCCAUUCCCGGUGCCAGUUCCCGGUUCCCGGUUGUCCCGGUUCCCGGUUCCCGGUGCCGGUGCCGGUCCCGCCAUGCCCUCCGCGUAUCCACAGCGAGCCCUGACGGUUCUGCUGCUCUUCGGGACCUUGUCCGCUGCCGUGGCCCUGCUCUGCUCCAACCUCAUCUUCCAGCUGCCGUCGGGCCGGGCCGCUCCCGGUGUCGGUGCCGCUCCCGGUGCCGGUGCCGGUCUCGGGGCGCUCCCGGAGCCGGUGGCCGCCGCUCUGGUGCCGGUACCGGCCGUGCUGGCCGCGCUCUGCCUGGUGAUCAACGUGAGCUGCUUCUUGCUGUGCCUCCUCCACGGCUACUUCAGCACCGAGCUGUGCCGGGGACAGCGGGCGGGCUGGUUCCUCCUGCACAGCCGCAGUGUCCGGCACGUGGCCCUCGGCCUCUUCUGCUGCGGCCUCUGCCUCUACCUCACAGCUCUGGCCCUUUUCUCGCUGCUGCAGUUCGAGCCCGAGGCCGGGAUCUCCAGCGCCUGCAUCCUGAUCUCCGCCGUGCUCCUGCUGCUCCUCUCCGUGCUCCACGCGCUGCUCCGCGCUUCCCAAAUCCCCAAAAUCCCCAAAAUCCCCCAAAUUCCCCUCCCUGAGCCUCCCCCAGCCCGGCACCACAACGGUUCUGCUCCUCCUCGGUCCCACCCUGAAAUCCAUCGGGAAUUUUCCUUCCCCUUUUUCCUGGAGCAAAAAUCCCGGCGGGGUUCGGGCUCCAGCGGCAGCCAGGAAUUGUCCCGGGAAUUGUCUCUGGUGUGAGAUUGUCCAGAUCAGGGAUUUGGGAUUUGCAACUCUGGGUUUUGGGAUUUGGGGUUUUGGAGCUCUGGGAUUUGGGAUUUUGGAGCUCUGGGAUAUCAGCAUUUGCAGCUCUGGGAGUUCGGGAUUUGCA